GCUUGACUUUGCUGUCAUGCGAGACAGAAGAGAGCUCCUGGCCAGCAAAAUCAGUUCUAUAAGAAUGGAAUGGUAAGCUAACCUUGCUAACCACCCUGAUCGAGAGGAUUGCUUCUCGAAAGCGCCCAAACCUACAAGUACAAGUAAAUUCCGCUCCCUGACGACAGGGAGAAGUUGUUUAAAAAUGUCUGAACGAGUCGGUGAAUCACGGAGGGUGAGCUUAGUCACCCAGCAACUGGAGCAUGCCCUGCAGCUUUCCAACACGCAGCCCUUCGUUCGCCCACAGCAAGCCACAGAGCGACAACCGCCGCCGGUAGCACCCAAGAAGUGCGAUUGUCCUGGACGACGGCGCAGUCGCACGGCCGAUUCUGGAAGGAGCAGCGCAAUAUAUUAUGCAGAGGAAGCGGAAGGCUAUGAGAUACCUCGCGAUACCGUCUCCAGUUCAGAAGGUCACGAAUGUGCCGAGCGGGGCUCUCCACAUUGCGCUCAACCAAGGUAUCGUCACCGAUCAUCGGCUUUCUCGGCGCCAAAAGACAUCAAGGGGUCAGGUGUUAAUUGCGUCCUGGCUGAUCCACCAUGCCCCAAGCUUGUUUCACAUCAGGCGGUCAGCGCCCAGCUGAACAAACAGCUCCUGAGAAUGCCGAACGCCACAUCUCAACGCACCGCUUCUGAAAGUCCACAACGACCGCCAAGGCGCAAUAGCGAUGUUCAGACUACAGCCCGCAAUAGAGAACCGGAGUACGAAAACACUCAAAACGUACGCCCUGCAAUACCUCCACGACACCGUUCGUCUUCAUCGCAUAGAUCGCGCACGGCAUCACUAGAAUCCGAAUGUGCCCAGUCAAUCCCAUCCCCGCCGCCAGUACAUGCCCGGCACCGUUCAGCCACCCCAAACAGGUCCCUUGCACCACUGCCGUCAUCCGAGUGCAAUGGGCCACAGUCAGCACCAAGUACGCCUGCCCCGCUUCGGAAAACUCCUCCCCGCUUGCCUAAUCAGAAGACGCACCAUCCUGACAUCAGGAAACCACCACCGGAGCCAAACCCAUCAUCAGCAGCAGCAGAAGAUGCAGAUCUGCGGCAGGUAGACAUCGACAUAGCUGAUAUUGCGCACAACGUCACGAAGUGUAACAUCGACCAGGUGUUCAAAUCAGUUUACAAACUGGAGAGCUUGGCCUUGAGGCUGGAGUACCCCGCGGAGAUGAUUGCCGACAUGAAGGGGGAUAUCUCACAGAGCGCAGCACGCGGUCAAUGCUACGGCGAUCAUAUCUACAAGAUGCUGAAGAACUUUAAAAGCAAAUGUGCCGAGCGCAGAGAAAGCGAUAUCACCCAGAAAAUGGUCGGUCUGCUUGUGGACAAUGGUUAUGGAGCGCUAGUGACUGGGGCCGAUGUGUCUCCUAUGCCUGUGGCGGCUUUCUACCAGUAUCAACGUAUCGUGGGACCUGAGCUCACAGUUUCUAAGCCCGCUACAACGCCUAAGGAGGACAGCGGCUUCGGCAGCGAAGGCAGUGUAUGCGGCGGCCGGCGCGGCUCCAUAGUGUCACAAGAGAGUGGAACAGGCCUAAGGAUGUCUGCAAUAUACCAGGAGAGGUCGCCCAAUGGACACGACGCCACAGGGCCGGAAGAGUGUUACAUUACCUCCCCCAGUUACUCUGCCAUUCCAGAAAGUCGUCACGAAGAGGAGGAUGGCGAGCCGAUGUACGAACCAUCGUAUACGUACAUUAUGCACCAGGUGACACCUGGGCAGAAGUAGGUUUCAACACUUAGCGUCAUUAAUAAGCCGGGACUUCGCUACCUGUCCGAUAAUUUUGCCGGAGCCAUGCGUUCUUCUCUUUAAACUAUACUUUCCCGAAUCGGGAAAGUAUAUAAUCGAAACCUACCCCUAACAUGGCGAUCUUUCCACUAUGACAUUUUUUAAUUAUUCAAUUGAAAGACAAUGAAACGGAAAGUACGUCUCGUCCAAGCCAGCCAUUUGCCAUGACGACACACACCUUUGGCAUGAACCAUCCGAACCAGGCAUUCACACUUCCAAUGUGUCAGUUCCUAAUGAAAAUGUAGCAAUCCCGCACUGCACAUUUCUUUCGUUUAUUUGUCUCGUUCUAGUUGAAUAGUGUUGGUAAAAUCCCAUCACACUGAGAAAGUCUUAAUAUUAUCACGUUAAUUGUUAAACACCUCAUUCUUACACAUUGGUCGAAGAGAUUGGUUAUAAAUAGCUAACAGAUCACGCCCAAAUUAUCACAAUUAUCUUCUUUCCUCUUCAUAAAACCAUUUAGAUACAGUCCUGAGUGAUACGUUACUCUCCCAGUUUUCGUAUUGACAUUCCUUAACGAAGCCGCAACCAUUCAUGGCUACAAGUUUUAUUGUUCGUCUUCGAAUUUAACCUCUACAAACAUCAGUGGCACACUUGGCGUCGCCAUUCCUUCAUCCUGAAUGGUGAAUAUCCGAACGUGCUUUUUUUUAUGAAAGAUAUAAUUGCUAUGUGCGUGUACUCCUGCGUGCAUGAAAGCAUGGGCCCUAGCAUUAAAUAAUACGUCCGUUCUCCUAUAACCUUCACGAACCUGCACUCUC